UCCACACUCAUCAUGGCGGUGACGACUGCCUCACGUAACUUCCGCCCGCGACCGGAAGUGAGAAGUCCUGCAAGCAUGGCGGCCUCGAAGGUGAAGCAGGACAUGCCCCCGCCGGGGGGCUACGGCCCCAUUGACUACAAGCGGAACCUGCCCCGUCGGGGACUGUCGGGCUAUAGCAUGUUUGCUGUGGGCAUUGGGACUCUGCUCUUUGGGUAUUGGAGGAUGAUGAAGUGGAACCGAGAGCGCAGGCGUCUACAGAUCGAGGACCUAGAGGCCCGCAUCGCCCUGAUGCCGUUGUUCCAGGCUGAGAAGGACCGGAGGGUCCUGCAGAUGCUGCGGGAGAACUUGGAGGAGGAGGCCAUCAUCAUGAAGGAUGUACCUGACUGGAAGGUGGGCGAGUCCAUGUUCCACACGACACGCUGGGUGACCCCCACGGUGGGUGAGCUCUAUGGAUUGCGCACAGAUGAGGAGCUUGUCAGUGCCAACUACGGCUUCGUGUUGUACACGUAG